UGGAGACCGAGAUGACGCGUCUGAUUUGAUUAUCUUGAUAACAGAUGGCGCUGCAAAGGACAAAGAUCCUCUUCCAGAGGCCCAAUCUCUAAAAUCGAAUGGGGUUGUAAUGUUUGUUGUCUAUAUUAAAACAGAUGAAUUGACCAUUAACGAGAUAAAUGCUAUUGCGAGCAGACCUACUGAGAAGUACGCUAUUGUCGUUGACAGUUUUGAUGAACUUUAUACAGCUACCAAUGACCUUAUAGUUGGAGCAUGUGGUAUUGCCCGUCCAACAGUAAAACCCUUGACAACCCCGAUAUUAACAACCCAAAAGACAACUACAAUACAACGAACGAAUCCAUCCCCAACAUCAACCCGAGCAACGCAAGCACCAACUAUGGAUACAACGGGACAAGUAAUCACCACCCCUCGUAUCAUAGAAACAGAAUGUGACGGGGCGAUAGUUGAUAUAGUCUUUGUCAUAGACUCCAGUGGAAGUGUUGGCAUAAACAACUUCCGACAAGUCUUAGUAUUUGUGGGA